GCUUUUCUAAAGUAAUCAACAGAUGACUGUCAAAUGUUGACGCUUGCUACGAGGCGAGACUGAGGUCUGACCUGACAGUCCUGCCCAAAACUUCUUCAUCAACGGGAAAGUAAAAUACAGAUAUAAGUGUCGCAAGCGGUUGUCAUUCAACCCUGCAUGGAAUAAACAGAAAAAGAUUGAUAGAAGCGGCAAGGUAGCUAGCUAGCUGGCAUGUCACUGACAGUGCUUGGGGGCUAUGCACAACGUUAGCCUACAGUUCCUAGCUAGCUUGCUAACGUUGUUGAAUGGCAUGCUAGUAGGCAAUAGCACUGGGCAUAUUCUUCUUUAGCAUGUGGUUUAGCUAACGGCAGUAUCUUUCUUGCCCAAUGUGGGGACGAAAGAGACAGCUGGGACAUUGGCAGAAAGCUUGGCUAAGCUGCAGUAGCUAACCAAGAACUGGUAUUGUGCCGCAGAUCCAGUUUCACCAAUGGCAGUUCUCAUCGCGGAGGACGCAAUGACACCAGACGAGGAGCCGCGGGGUGACUGACAGUCUUCAGGAACCCGACCAUCGAAGUAGCUAGCUACUACUGCUGACAAUCUGGGAACAUGGACAAUUUUUCCAAAUGCAUCCAGAGAAAUAUCUUUCCCAGUGGAUCAGAAUGUAAUGCAAGAAGGACGGGUCAUGUAGAAAAGCUUUCCAGGCAGACCAGGGCAUGUAAUGAACGGGAACCGCACACAUCAUGCCAACAUAACACGCAACGCAUUGAACCAGAAGGAAGCAUGACAGCAAAUUAACGUUUAUUUUAUCUUUGUAUUUAUUUUGCUGAACAACAUUUGGUUUAGUCUGGCUAUCACCACUGGUUCCCAGAUUUUAUGUACUAGUUCUAUCAACCGAUGUCUGAGAUCAGUCAGAAUUUAGAUUUCAUGAUGACGGUGGAGGGUUCCACAAUAAAGAGUCGGAUCAAAAAUCUUCUCCGCUCGCCAUCUAUCAAAUUGAGAAGGAAUAAAGAUCGGAACCAUAAAGAGAAUCUCAGUAACAAGGUUACAUUAGAGAAGGUGCUGGGGAUCACAGCAUUUGGGAACCGUGCUUUGGCCUGCGACCCUCGCUCCGGACUAGUGGCCUACCCAGCUGGAUGUGUGGUGGUGCUGCUGAACCCCAAGAAGAACAAACAGCAUCACAUCCUCAACAGCUCCAGGAAAACCAUCACCACUCUGUCAUUUUCCCCUGAUGGCAAAUAUGUGGUCACAGGAGAGAGUGGGCACAUGCCUGCUGUGCGGGUGUGGGACGUAGCAGAGCGGACUCAGGUGGCCGAGCUACAGGAGCAUAAGUACGGCAUCUCCUGCGUGGCCUUCAGCCCUAACAGCAAGUACAUCGUCAGUGUGGGAUACCAGCACGACAUGAUCGUUAAUGUCUGGGCCUGGAAGAAAAACAUUGUGGUGGCAGCCAACAAAGUCUCCAGUAAAGUGACGGCCGUGUCCUUCUCAGACGACAGCUCCUACUUUGUCACGGCAGGGAACAGGCACGUCAAGUUCUGGUACCUGGAUCACACCAAAUCCUCCAAGGUGAACGCCACAGUUCCUCUGCUGGGUCGCUCAGGGCUCCUGGGAGAGUUGAGGAACAACUUCUUCUCUGACGUGGCAUGUGGGAAGGGUCGUAAAGCCGGCAGCACCUUCUGCAUCACUUCCUCAGGCCUGCUCUGCGAGUUCAAUGACAAACGCCUGCUGGACAAAUGGGUGGAGCUAAGGAAAAACGUCGUCAUCACAACAUCUCAGGCCACGUCUCUGUCUGUGACAGAGGAGCUGAUCUUCUGUGGCUGUGCAGACGGCACCGUGAGGGUCUUCAGCCCUGUCAACCUGCACUUCAUCUGUACCCUGCCACGCCCACACUGCCUGGGAACAGACAUCGCCACCGUGGUGGAGGCUAGCCACCUCUUCAGCCACAAGAUGGACGCCCGGUACCCUGACACGGUGGCUGUAUCAUAUGACCCUGCGAGCCGCUGGCUGUCCUGUGUCUACAACGACCACAGCCUGUACGUGUGGGACGUACGGGACCUCAGGAAAGUGGGCAAGGUCUACUCCGCCCUCUACCACUCGGCUUGCGUGUGGAGCGUCGAGGUGUACCCGGACAGGGUAAGUGAUGGUGAGCAGCCCUGUCUGCCUCCAGGCUCCUUCCUCAGCUGCUCCUCAGACAACACCAUCCGUCUCUGGAACACUGACGGUCACAGCACCACCCUCAGCCGCAACGUCAUCAGCAACGACCUCCAGAAGAUCAUCUACAUGGACAACAACACGGCCGGCCUGCUGGACACAGAGUGCCUCAACUCGGGGAACGGAGAGAAGGCCGACCCCCAGACCUCAGAGACUAGGACGGGCAUCAGGACCAUGUGUGUGAGCCCCGACGGGCAGCACCUGGCGUCGGGCGACCGCACCGGUACCUUGAGAAUCCAUGAGCUGGUGAGCAUGGAGGAGAUUCUGAACGUUCAGGCCCACGACUCUGAGAUCCUUUGUCUGGAAUACUCCAAGCCUGAGACGGGUCUGAAGCUACUAGCCACAGCUAGUCGAGACCGUCUGAUUCAUGUGCUGGAUGCAGAGCAGGAGUACAGCCUGCUGCAGACGCUGGACGAACACUCCUCCUCCAUCACCGCCGUCCGAUUCGCUGCCAAUGACGGCAAGGUGAGGAUGAUCAGCUGUGGCGCUGACAAGAGCAUCUACUUCCGCACAGCGCAGAAGUCAGAUGAAGGAACAGUGUUUACCCGCACCCACCACAUCGUACGCAAGACGACGCUGUAUGACAUGGAUAUCGACCCCACCAGGAAGUACGCCGCUAUUGGUUGUCAAGACCGCAGCGUGAGAAUCUUCAACAUCAGUAACGGCAAACAGAAGAAACUGUACAAGGGCUCCCAAGGAGAGGAUGGCACUGUUAUCAAGGUUCAGACCGACCCCUCAGGACUGUAUGUGGCCACCAGCUGCUCAGACAAGAACAUCAGCAUCUUUGACUUCUACUCUGGAGAGUGUGUGGCCACCAUGUUCGGACACUCUGAGGUUGUGACUGGAAUGAAGUUCACCAAUGACUGCAAGCACAUGAUAACUGUGUCUGGUGACAGCUGUAUCUUUGUGUGGCGUCUGGCCCCGGAGCUCACCAUCAGUAUGAGACAGCGUCUGUCAGACCUCAAACAGACUGGCAAGCCAGUUCAGAAGACACCACCUCACAAACCUUGCAAUCUCAGCACCAGGAGAGAGGUGCACAGAACCCCUCCCAUAGUCACCAUGUCCUCUGACAGCGACAAAGAGGUGGAGGAGGAGGAGGGGAUAGAGGAGGAUGAGGAAGAGAUGAUCUCUCCUUACAUGGUGUCAGGCUGCAGUGCAGAGGAGGAGACAGACACCUCAGACGAAAAGCACAACUCUCUUAACUCUCACGGCAGAGAACUGAAAAGGGAGAGCUCUUUUAGCAGGCGUUCCUCCCAGGGAAAUCAUCACUGUGAGGAAAGGGGUCCCCGUCCGCGGCGCCGCUGGUCCAGAGGCAUGGUCAGCAUGGAACUGAUGGUCAAAUCCAUGUUGGACCUCAGACAGCUGGAUUCCUUCGCCAUGCCCCCCUCCUCCCCCAACAAGACCAAGACCCAGCCAGAUGCUUUCAGAGACCCAUUCAGGGAGGAUGAACUGGGCAGCACCAUCAGCCUGCAACCCCUUACUGCAUGGGGGGAUGAGUCUGAGCAGAGGUCCCAUCAGCGACCCCACUACAUCAUGUUCUCUCCACAGACCCCAGAGACAGGCUCAGUGCUCUACCCCGAGGGCUGUGAGGACAGGGUCAGCUUAGCUGGCAGUGAGUACCUAGUGAAAGAGCUACUGCCCGGGCCUGAGACCAGCAGGAGUGUGAAGGGGUGCCAGAACCACUGCCAGUGGAGCCAGGGCCACCAUGACAAACACAGCCCAGACAGUGCCUGCUCUGUGGACUACUCCAGCAGCAGACGGUCCAGCCCAGACAGCCAGCAGCAGCCUCCUGGAGAGAACUCUGAGCCCACGGAGCCUCUCAGUGUGGAUGGGAACUCCUCUGAAUUGGACAUGGAGGAACUGGAGGAGGAAGAGGAGGGGGGCGUAGGGAGGGGAGAGGCCAAGGGGACAACAGUAGUACCUAAGACCCCUGACCAGGAGGCCUUCCUCAAACAGCACUUUGGCAACCUGGCUGAGCUUAAAAACCCAGUGAGCCCGACCAGAGUUGUCACCCCGGACAGUGUCAGCAUCUCCUCCAAGUUCCUGUCCCAAUGCUCUCCUGGAAGCAGGACGGCCUUUCCAUUCCCCUCGAAGAGCGGUGUUGAGGGGAAGGUAGCCAGCAGUGUUGUGAGGCCCCUGGUCUCUGAGGUGAGGCCCCUCAUGGAGCACAACCAGGGCCAGAACUACAACCAGGGCCAGAACUACAACCAGGGUCAGAGCCAGAGCCAAGACCACAGCCAGGACCAGAGCCACAGCCAGGGCCAGAGCCACAGCCAGGGCCAGAGCCACAGCCAGAACCAGAGCCACAGCCAGGACCAGAGUCAAGGCCACAACCAGGACCAGAGCCACAACCAGGACCAGAGCCAAGGCCACAACCAGGGCCAGGACCAGAGCCACGACCACAGCCAGGGCCAGAGCCACAGCCAGGACCAGAGCCAAGGCCACAGCCAGAGCCACAGCCAGGACCAGAGCCAAGACCACGGCCAGGACAAGAGCCACAGCCAGGACCAGAGUCAAGGCCACAACCAGGACCAGAGCCACAACCAGGACCAGAGCCAAGGCCACAACCAGGGCCAGGACCAGAGCCACGACCACAGCCAGGGCCAGAGCCACAGCCAAGACCAGAGCCAAGGCCACAGCCAGAGUCACAGCCAGGACCAGAGCCAAGAACACAGCCAGGACCAGAGCCACAGCCAGGGCCAGAGCCACAGCCAGGACCAGAGCCACAGCCAGAACCAGAGCCACAGCCAGGACCAGAGCCAAGGCCACAGCCAGGGCCAGAGCCACAGCCAGGGCCAGAGCCACAGCCAGGGCCAGAGCCACAACCGGGGUCAGAGCCAAGGCCACAACCAGGACCAGAGCCACAACCAUGGCCAGAGCCACAGCCAGGGCCAGAUCUAUAGCCAGGGACAGAGCUAUAGCCAGGGCCAGAGCCAGAGCCACAACCAGGGCCAGAGCCACAGCCGGAGGAUGGGCUCAGAAGAAUCUCAGAAGGGCACUACCGCGAGACUAGAAGUAGUGGACACUAUGGAGAAGGGUCUGAAUCUCCGGGCCUCUCCUCUGAGGAAGAAGCUUUUUAACCCUGCAGUGGACUCCCGUAGGAUAGUCAGCCCUGUGGCCAAGGCUGCAGCAUCACACCUCACCUCUACAGGCAUGAGGAAGUCCCAGUCAGUCCAGAACUUGCACACUGAGGAAAUGCCUCUGAGCCUGUUUCGGCCCUCCAAGGAGGUAGCCCCUCAGCCCCAUCACUCCCAGUCUCAUCAAUCCCAGGCCAACGAGCGUCCAGUGACCCUCCCCACAACCCCCGCCGCACCCUGCCCAGCGUGCCCCCCCUCUGCAGCCCCACCUCCCCACAACCCCGGGACAUCAACAGUAGCAGUCACGGCAAUGCCCCCACGCCCAGGAGCAUCAAAUCCCUGCUCCUACAUGAGCCCCACCACCAGCUCCAUGGCCAAGAUGUCACGCUCCAUGUCCAUGGGAGACAGCCUAAACGUGGCCGAGGAAGAGUCUGAGUCUACAGAGUCACGCAGGGGGUCCAGCUCUGACACGUCAAACGCUCCCACCAAGAGCCGGAGCAGCUCCUCCCAGAGCUCCCAGAGUCUUAGUACUAAACCGUCUACCCCCGUGGCUGUUGUCUCUUCCACCUUAUCCUCCUCCUCCCCUCUGGCGUUGGGUUUAGCCAUGCCCCAUGCUGCAGUUAUCCCCACCCUCAUCACUAGCUCUCCAAGCAACUCCAACCCCAGCCCAACCACCAAGAGUCUGCAGGCUAAGCUGAUGUGCAGCACCCGGCCCCAGCUCAACCUGGACAUCUCCAAGCCCCUCCCAGACAAGCCCUCCCUGGCAGCCUUCACUCCCAACAGUACCUCCAAGACCGCCGCCUCCUCCAAGACUGUCAAAGGGGACAACGACCUCUUUUCCAGAUCUCCAGUCAGCUUGUUACCUCACCAGGGCCAGACUCAUCCAGUGCUCACCAACAAAGUCCAGCUAGUCACUGCACUGUCCCUCUCCCCAGCUGCUCCUGUGGAGACUAGCCCAGCUCGGAGUCCUGAGGCAGAGCAGCAGUUUCUCACCACAGAGCUGCGUCCUGAGGCCCCCGUGGUAGACAACAGGCUAGAACAGCCAAAGAUGGAGGAGAGCCAGGGCCUGACCCAGGAGAAGAGUCCCGCGAUGGAGGUGUCUCUACAGGGCAGUCCCGUAUAUCUGCUGUCAUCUGGAGGUCCCGGCCAGGACCGUGCAGGUUUGCUCCAGCGAUCUCCCUCCUUCAUCCUGUCAUCUCUGCGUCUGGGCAUGCCCCUGGCCAACACCAAGCACUUUUUUACUACUGGUGCCGUGUGGCCUACCGUCUCAGUCUCCACCCCCAUAUACUCUGCACCUUCACCCUGUCCUCCGUCACUUAAUCAUUUCCUCCUGAUGGACGGUUCUCUCAGUAUGGAGUCGUGCAGGGUGGUGGCCAGCGAUCUACAGAACACCUUUAGGAAGGCCUCCCAGCUCUACAGAAUGGUGAACAGUGUGCCUGUAGACUCCAGGCAGGAGCACAAUGAGAUGGCCCAGGUCCUGUCUGAGGCCUUUGAGGUGGUGAGGGCCGAGCUGAGCUCCCUGCCCCAGAGCUCACCCCCAUCCCCCUCUGGAGGACCUGCAGCAGGAGGCUCCCUGUGUACAGUGGGCUGCCGGCCCGUAGGACCAGUAGAACCAGGGACGGGGAGAUUAGCCUCAGGGGAGGAGAGGACUCUGGCUCUGCUGGAGCAGUACUCUGAGCUCCUCCUUCAAGCCGUGGAGAAAAGGUUGGACAACAAGCAGCUCUCCUAAAUACUCCUAUUCUUUCACACCCUUCCUUGAAGACUGAAGCAACCAACCCUCUUGCAAAUGUAGGAUCGUAAGCCAUUGUGCAAGGAUAUCUGCAGACUACAGUACUUCUUUUUAUUUAAUUUCUUUCUCGACACGUUUUUAAAAUGAACAGAUUAAAAUAUUCCUGAAGGAUGCCUGUACAUAUUUUUUAGAAGUUAUUUUUUCUUUUUAAGCACUUCUCUCUCUUUCUCUCUGAUGCACCCUGUGGUUGGGUGGUCCCCUCUAUCCCUGUCAGAUCUCUGUAGGCCUAGGAGGUGUUGGGAGGGUUGUACUCAGCACAAUGGCCCACAGAUACUGAUACUGUAGGGAGACUCCUCAGGAUGAUCAAUGCCUCAGCAUUCAUUCCCAGUGUGGCUGACCUGCACUACAGACCGUCAUUCAUCACCCUUCCUUCCUCUAAUAUAUUGUGUGCUACCUACAGUACCUACCAGUCACCUGCACUCUCACGACCACUGGUUUGGUUUACCCCUGUUGCCAAAUAUUGUGCCCUGCUACUUUGUUUUAAUGAAGUUGUUGUUAUGGAAAUGCCGGAUGCCCUAGAGUUGCUGCGUUGGAGCCAGUGGCGUAGCGUAGUUUUGCGGGCCCCUCUUGCAAGGUGUCCCCACAGAAAGAACAAUUUGCAGUUUUAUAGCUUAUCUCAUGCUAUUUGACACAUAUUGCCAUGAGGCUGAGAGAAAAUGUUGAUGUUUUAGAGCUCAGGCAUUCUUGAAAGACGGAACAAUGGGACAAUCUCAACUUUUUUCCCACAAAUAUUUGUCUUAAAAUCUAUAUUUUGAUAGACCAAAGUACCAGCUAUCACGCCAUGUAAAGGAAGAAGCAACUUCCAAACUUAUUUUUGUUUUGUUUUAUAGUACUCCCGAGUGGCGCAGCGGUCUAAGGCACUGCAUCUCAGUGAUAGAGUUCGAUCCCAGGCUGUAUCACAACUGGCCGUGAUUGGGAGUCCCAUAGGGCGGCGGACAAUUGGCCCAGCGUCGUCCGGGUUAGGGUUUGGCCGGGGUAGGCCGUCAUUGUAAAUAAGAAUUUGUUCUUAACUGACUUGCCUAGUUAAAUAAAGGUUAAAUUAAUUCAUUAAAUACAAAUAUUUAGCACUACUAAAUGCUCCAGGACAAAUUUCUUUAGCAUUGUGACAUGUUUUUCUAGAUUUAGAACAUAAAACAUUUAGAAAGCAAACAUCUUUUAGGUCUAGCAAAUCAAAUGCUUCAAAUGUUUAAGCAAAUGUUACAGAGCAGUGAUGACAAUAUUUGUUCUGAAUAUUUACACAAAAAACGAUGUUAAGGGGGUGGACCAUCGGUGACGUAAUUGACAAACCAGUGACGGAGUUGUGACAACCGAUGCUCAAAACAACAAAAGUUCAACACAAACAUUCAAUACAAAAUAUGGGAAAGGAUUCAUUUGAAAAUCUCCAAUAAAAACGCAGCUUUACAGACUAUGAGGGGGCUUGUUGCAAUACAUGUAUUGAGUACAUGAAUGAGGGGUCCUUGUGAUGUCGCUGACCCUGCUCAUUCCUGAUUCAUUUAGGAUUUUAGACAAAUCUGACGGAGUUGACCAUCUCCGGACACAUCUUUAAGGAAUCAGUUUUGAGAUAAACAGGCUUUAAAGUCACAGAGGGCUUUUGCAAGAAACUACAUAAGAUAAUUUUUCAAUUAAUAUCCAUAAUUGCCAUUUUUUUAGAAUUUUAAAUUGGGUUCCUUUGCUCCAGACAAGGGCAUUUCCAGGCAUACAGCCAACAUGGAAAUGAAUAAUAUAUUCCCAAAACAAGUCCAUUUUAAGAUCAAAUAAUGCAACAAAAUAUUAUUUUUUUAACUAUGAAAUGAAAGUUUCCCUGCCGGACAAGGAUUGUCCUAACUUUCAAGAAUCCCUGAGCAAAUGUCCUGUUAUUCUACACAUUUUGUCAUGAGGCUGAGAUUUUUUUUUUCAGUUUUAAAGCUAAUUUCCUGUCAUUCAAAUAAAAUAAUUUGUGGCUUAUGACGUGUUCAUAUGCUAUAUGGGGGGCUGGCAGGCCACCUGCCUUGCAGGGGCGUGUGCUAUGCCAGCGGUUGGAGCUUGAUGCUGGCUGUUGUUUUGGGUAGCAGAAGCUGCACUUUUUGGACAAUCGGAGGGUGUUGCUGUUCAAUGCCAUUCCUGACCCCAGUGCUCUAAAACAAUACUAACAACUGUUAUCACUACAAUGUGAAAUGUCUGUGUUGGUGUACCUGUCCCUACCAGGGCUUUUGCCCACCGACACCAGGCCAUAGCCACCUCCACACUACUAGAGGAACACAGGACCCUUCCAAGUCUUAAAAGCCAGAUUAAUCAGACAUAAUCAUGUUUUCGUGGGUGAUUUGAUACAUUGUGUUUUGAGAGGCCCUGUCUAUGUGUGAUGUGUGGUUGUAUUUAUUAUGUUUUAAAAGGUCCACGUUACAAAUGGAGGUGUAGUUUGUUUUGUACCAGAGCUAGGUCACCAGUGGGGGAACAACAUAGCAAAAACAGAAGACUUGAAAAUAUACAGCAUCAACUGAGAGUCUCCUCGUUCAUUAACUAUGCUGGAUGGUUUUAUAAAACAUGUGAAUUGUAUUCCCAGUACAUUUUUUGUAUUCCAAAUUGAUGUUCAAGGUGUGCAAAUAAUAAUACAAAAUGUCUCAAGGAAAUGGGUGCCUUAAUUCAAAACCAGCGUUUUUCAUAGUUUAAAAUGUGUUGGGUUAUACCAAAAUAAUAUUGAAUUGUAAUGAAAAGGCGACUACUGAAAUUGAGCUACUGCUGUGGGAAACCAAUGACACUGAGGAGAAGCAUUUUCUGAUGACUGAAUACAGACAUCGCAUCUCGGAAUCCAAACCGGCUGUGCGCGUGCGCCAUCGUGCAAACAUUUAUUUUGUCCCCCCACACCAAGCGCGAUCACGACACGCAGGCUAAAAUCAAAACAAACUGAACCAAUUACAUUAAUUUGGGGACAGGUCGAAAAGCAUUAAACAUGUAUGGCAAUUCAGCUAGUUAGCUUGCACAUGCUAGCUAAUUUGUCCUAUUUAGCUAGCUUGCUGUUGCUAGCUCAUUUGUCCUGGGAUAUAAACAUUGAGUUGUUAUUUUACCUGAAAUGCACAAAGUCCUCUACUCCGACAAUUAAUCCACACAUAAAGCAGUCAACCAAAUCGUUUCUAGUCAUCUCUCCUCCUUCCAGUCUUUUUCAUCUUUGAAUUUCUAUGGUGAUUGGCAUCUAAACGUUCAUAGUAUUUCCACGACAAACGGCAAAACAGUUCGUCUUUCAAUCACCCAUGUGGGUAUAACCAAUGAGGAGAUGGCACGUGGGUACCUGCUUCUAUAAACCAAUGAGGAGAUGAGAGAGGCAGGACUUGCAGCGCGAUCUGCGUCAGAAAUAGGAAUGACUUCUAUUUUAGCCCUUGGCAACGCAGAUGCUCAUUGGCGCGCGCGAGCAGUGUGGGUGCAAUAAUUGAAUAACAUGCGACGUGUCUGGUCUGGUCAGCAUGUUAGGGUUGGGUUACCAGAGGUAAAGAACCCAGAACAAAUCAGAUCUUGCAUCAGAUACAAACCGUGCAGAAAACAUUUUUUUCCCCACACCUCUUCCUCAACAUUUAUUGGCUCUUGUCUGGCUGUGGUGUUUUCAUCCUGGUCCCUGGUACUUUUCCACCCCAAUAACAAUGCGCUUUCAUUCCUAUCAAAAUGGUCAUAGGUCACAUUAAUGUAUUUGUAAUAGCUUCGACUACUAAACUAAACCUGGGUCUCUGUGUAAUGGUGUAACUGUUGUGUCAAAGGCUCACAGAAUAAUAAUUGUGUUCUGAUGAUUGUGGCUGCCGACUAGCACAACACUGCCCCCCUGCUGUUGAACAUCACUGCCCAGUUGCUACUAAAACAGAAAGCCCUAACACUUCCCUCCUACAAUUUCUCUGGUCAGGAUUAUUCUGUGCUGUGUUUUACAUACUUUUCAAUACACUAGUGCCCACAAACAAUAUUUUAAUCACCUGUGCAUACAAUAGUGUUUAAUUUCCUGAGUUAUUGAUAGACUUGUUAUAAAUUUACACUUAUUGGUAGAAAGUCUUAUCAGGUACCCAAAGGGUCUUACAGCCUCUCAAAAUGCCAUGCCUAGAACUCUGUUCUCUCUAGUUUUUAUUAAAGCAUUGUAUGUACAUGACUAGAAAUGGCAUAGAAUAAGAAUGAAGUAUAUUCUGCUGUUUAUUAGUUAUUCAGUAUUUCCCCAUCUGACUGACAAUAUUCAGAACUGUGACCUUAACUAGACUGGAGGUUUCAUUAAGACAUAGGAUUGUUUGAUGGGACAGUAGUACAGGUGUACCUAUCUGCUGCCAGGAUGCAUCAGUAUUUAUGCAUGAAGGGUGGUGAGGUGUGGAGGUUGACCGACUGGCUCGUUCCUAAGUAGGAUUGCAUGGUUCAACGUAUCCUAGGCUUGUUUCACCGCUCUUUUUCACUGGCUGGUAUAACCUGUAGCUGACCCUCGUUCUUAAUAACCUCACCUUUUCUAUGAUGAUUACUUGUCUUAAACUACAGAUUAUGGACCAGAAUGUUCCUCUUUUAGGAAUUAUCACUUCUCAGACAUUUUAUGAGCUUUUGUUUUCUGUUUUGUACCAACCACAGUUUUGUGUUUUUACUAUAUUCACUCCCUGUACUUCUCUUUCUGCUGGAGAAUAAAAACAUAUUUAUUACACUCAA